ACGUAGAUAUUAACUUUAGGAAAAUCCAGUUUUGCCCUACGUCGCAAAAUCGUUAACAAAGAAAUCGAUUUGGGCAUAAUGGAUUUGUUGAAAUCGAUUUCGUGUUUGAUUAAGGGUAAGAUUGCUCAAUUGUUAGGGUUACUAGAAUGUGUAUAUACAUCCGGUUCAAUGUCGGUUAAGUUACAUAGAUUAGAUUUCUGGUUUACUUGGUUUUUGUAUAUAUAUAUGUACUUAUGUAAUGUAUGUUACGAUUGAGAGAAUAGAAAAGCAUUUCAAUGUAUAUACAUUUUGACCAAAAACCAAGUGAACGAAGAUGUCCCCGACGCCUAUAUAUAUAUUUCCUGAAUUUGCUUCUUUUUUUUUUUUUUUUUUUUUUAUGUAUCACCGUCUCUUUUAUUCAUACUUAUUUACGUGUGAUUACAGUAGUCGAAAGAGAGAUUUGUGCUCUACCUAUUUUAUGGCUAACUAGAUUUCAUUUUGUGGAUAUCAAACUUCUGACUUUUCUUGAAGCUACCACACUUUUAAUAAACUGGGUAAUCUUCUUUAAACAAUUAUUUGUGACGGUUGCAGUGAGUGAUCUGGAAGCUGCCACUAUCAAUAAACUAAUAGAAAUUGUUGUCUUGACUUUUAAUUUCAUGAUACAGUCAGUCUAAGAAUGCACGAUUGUAUUCCUCUUUAUCCCCCCCUUGUUUCCUGCAUCGCCUUGGCAGUAAUCCCGGGGGUUUCUUUCUUGAAGUUUGAGCAAAAUGGCGGACUGGCUUCUACUAAUACCCUGGAAUAAAAUCUUCACUGCUGCAUGUGGCUGCUUUUUAAGCGAUAGAAACUACAUUCACUUGAUGGAGUCAAAUCUCGAUGCUCUGGAGACAACUAUGGACGAACUUAAGAAUAGACGAGAUGAUCUGUUAGGAAGAGUCGCCAUAGAAGAAGAUAAAGGUUUGCAACGGCUUGCUCAAGUCAACGGAUGGCUUUCAAGGGUAAAAAGUGUUGAAUCCCAAUUCAAUGAUAUGCUUGCGGCUAGAUCAACUGAAACUGGAAGAUUGUGUUUGUUUGGAUAUUGCUCCAAUGAUUGCGUAUCAAGCUACAAUUAUGGUCAAAAGGUAAUGGAGAAUUUGGAAGAAGUUAAAGAACUUCUAUCCAAAAAAGGUAUACCUAAGGCGGAGAAGAAGCAUAUCCAAACCACAAUUGGUUUGGAUACAAUGGUUGGAAAUGUAUGGGAAAGCCUCAUGAACGAUGAAAUAAGAACCUUGGGUCUUUAUGGUAUGGGGGGUGUAGGAAAAACCACCCUCUUAGCUUGUAUCAACAACAAAUUUGUUGAACUGGAGAGUGAAUUUGAUGUUGUGAUAUGGGUUGUGGUAUCAAAAGAGUUUCAGUUCGAGGGCAUUCAAGAUCAGAUUCUUGGAAGAAUACGUCUUGACAAGGAAUGGGAAAGAGAAACUGAAAAUAAGAAAGCCUCUCUCAUAAACAAUAACCUUAAGAGAAAGAAAUUUGUGCUGUUGUUGGAUGAUAUAUGGAGCAAGGUAGAUCUGUACAAGAUAGGAGUUCCACCUCCAACUCGAGAAAAUGGAUCGAAGAUAGUUUUCACCAGACGUUCAAAGGAAGUUUGCAAGUACAUGAAAGCUGACGAGCAGAUAAAAGUUGAUUGUUUGUCACCAGUUGAAGCGUGGGAAUUGUUUCGAAUUACUAUUGGAGAUAUCAUAUUAAGCAGCCAUCAGGAUAUUCCCGCACUUGCAAGAAUAGUUGCUGCAAAAUGUCAUGGCUUGCCACUUGCACUCAAUGUCAUUGGGGAAACCAUGGCAUGUAAAGAUACUAUACAAGAAUGGCGUCAUGCGAUUAAUGUUCUGAAUUCACCUGGCCACAAAUUUCCAGGUAUGGAAUAAAGAAUUCUUCGCGUUUUGAAGUUCAGUUAUGAUAGCUUGAAGAAUGGUGAAAAUCAAUCGUGCUUCCUAUAUUGUUCUUUGUUUCCUGAGGAUUUUGAAAUAGAGAAGGAGAAGUUGAUAGAAUACUGGAUUUGCGAAGGAUAUAUAAAUACGAACAGAUAUGAAGAUGGAGGUACCAACCAAGGUUAUGAUAUAAUUGGCUUGUUAGUUCGUGCACAUUUGUUGAUUGAAUGUGAACUCACAGACAAAGUUAAAAUGCAUGAUGUGAUACGUGAGAUGGCUCUUUGGAUAAAUUCUGACUUCGGAAAACAGCAAGAAACAAUUUGUGUGAAAUCUGGUACUCAUGUACGGCUGAUACCGAAUGACAUCAAUUGGGAGAACGUGAGGCAGAUGUCUUUAAUUAGUACUCAGAUUGAGAAGAUAUCUUGCAGUCCCAACUGCCCCAACCUUCAAGUUUCAACCCUAUUACUCCCGUAUAACAAGUUGGUGAAUAUUUCAGUUGGAUUCUUUCGGGUUAUGCCAAAACUUGUGGUCUUGGAUCUUUCUACAAACAUGAGUCUUAUUGAAUUGCCGGAAGAAAUUUCUAACUUAUGUUCCCUGCAAUAUCUCAAUUUAUCAAGCACAAGGAUAAAAUCGCUACCGGUUGGUAAGUUGAGGAAACUAAUCUACUUGAAUCUGGAGUUCAGUUAUAAACUUGAGAGUCUUGUUGGGAUCGCAGCAACCUUACCAAAUCUGCAAGUGUUGAAAUUAUUUUAUUCCCAUGUUUGUGUUGAUGACAGAUUAAUGGAGGAACUAGAGCACUUGGAGCAUAUGAAGAUUUUAGCGGUAACUAUAGAGGAUGCCAUGAUUUUGGAAAGGAUACAAGGAAUGGACCGAUUGGCGAGUAGUAUUCGAAGUUUAUGUCUAAUAAAUAUGUCAACACCUCGUGUAAUAUUAAGCACGACAGCUCUGGGAAGUCUUCAACAACUUGCAGUUAGGAGCUGCAACAUAUCCGAGAUAACGAUAGAUUGGGAAAGCAAAGAAAGAAGAGAGCUUUCACCAAUGGAGAUUCAUCCAUCUACAAGUUCUCCAGGCUUCAAGCUACUCUCCACUGAUAAUAUAAUGAAAUUGGUAGGGCCAAGGGAUUUGCUUCCUUGUGUGUAGGAACGUGUAGUUCCAAGUUUGUUUC